AUGCCUCAGAGACUGUCGACAACGAGGGAAAGCACCGAAUGGGACGACGACAUGCCGAUGCCGCCAACGACACAUAUGGUCCCGAGCACUGAGCACCAACGCCUCGUCCGCUCGAUGCGCAAGCUGACUUCCGUACUGGGGCAAACACCCGUCAUCGACAUGGCCGCACCGCCGGACACAUCAACCCCACCAAGUCCUAACCCGGGACCACCCAGAGGACCAAGCGGGAAGCGCAGUCUCUACCUCCUCGGCUCCGCAUCACUCUCUUCUCUCGCCCUGCCUUUCCUCAAAGUCGAUUCCCAAACCAUCUCCUCACGCGGCAUCCAGCUCGCAGCAUCACCAGUGGACAGCAGCAGCAGCGGUCCAAGCUCAGCCGCCGCCGAGCGCCCCGCUCUGGUGCUCCGACUACCAAGUGCACCUCCGGUGCUCCCCCCACUCUCGCCCAUCUCCCCUGUCUUCUCGCCGGCCACACCAACCGACUACGAGGAGCACACGCGCCUGGCGAUGCGCUUCGCGAAACUCACGCGGACGCUGGGGGAGCAGGUGCCCCCGUCCCUCGUGCUCACGGCACCGGGCGGCACGCAACAGCCGGGACCCUUCAAGCGCCGGCGGCGCGCGAGCACGCUGAGCACGCCUGAGUCGGAGCUGGAGCAGCGGGUCUUCGCGAUGGCACGAGGGGUGGCGGACGAGGGGUGGAUUGUGCGCAGGAGCACGAGCGUGAAUGGCGGAGCGAGCGCAGUGAGAACGGAGGACAUCACUGGAACGUCCUUCGCGCGUCCGUCGCGCGAGGGAGACCAAAAAAGGUUGUCGGUGGAACCCGUAAGGAUGUCGCGAACAGCGCCCUCCACUCCCCUCGACCCAGUACACGUCCAUCCAAUGUCGUACACCGACCCCGGCGAGCUGUCCUCGAUUUCAGAACACGCGCCUCCGAGACGAUUAUCACGCGCCGCAACCUACUCAGACGGCCAAGCUUUCUUCGGACCGCCCGGGAUAUGCCCCCCUCCGACCUACGAGCAAGAACGCGCUGUGGCCCAAUCCGUCCCACGGUCCAGCUCGCGUGCGUCGAUGCAAUCACAUCCCCGUGUGCUGCGCCGCAUGGACUCCCGCAAAAGUAUGCGGAGCAUCCUCGUGCGCACCCAGGAGCGCGAGGACGAACGGGAGUGGGAGGGAGAGUGGGCUGGCCCGGAGCUGGAGAACAUGCAGGAUGUGAUGAAGACGCUGAGGGGGCUCAAAGCCAAGUGA